UGACACUUGACAGCUUGACAGUUAAUGGAUGGCUAUUUCGUGGUGUUGUUUAUCAAUUUUAUAAUUCCAAGUUUUCUACUGAACACGAAGUAAUUGAAUAAAAUUACUUUUAUUUUCUCAUUUUAUCUAUUCGCGCGUGAAGAAAACCAAACACCAAAAUGGGGAAACGACAGCAUCAAAAGGAUAAAAUGUACUUAACGUACACGGAGUGGACUACACUGUACGGUGGCAAGAGAUCAGGCACCAGUAAGGAAGAGGACACUACAUUUAAACGGCUACCAUUUGAUCACUGCUGUUUAUGUCUUCAGCCCUUUGACGAUCCAUAUUGCGACGCAGACGGCAACGUAUUCGAGUUGCAAGCUAUCUUAGAGUUCGUCAAAAAGUUCAAAGUGAAUCCAGUUACUGGGAAAAAACUUGACGUCAAAUCUCUAACAAAACUGAACUUCUUCAAAAAUGCUGAAGAAGACUACCAUUGCCCCGUUCUAUUCAAGCCAUUCACAAAAAACUCGUACAUUGUUGCCAUCAAAACCAGCGGCAAUGUGUACUCCAAUGAGGCCGUUGAACAGCUCAACAUUAAAGGGAAAAACUGGAAAGACCUCAUCAAUGACACACCAUUUGCUAGAAGUGAUAUCAUUACUAUACAGGACCCUAACAACUUGGGGAAGUUCAAUAUCUCUUUGUUUCAUCACAUUAAGAAUAAUUUGAAAGUUGAGACUGAAGAGGAAAUAGCCAUGAGAAAGGAUCCACAUGCAAGACUCAAAACUGUGUCAGCUGAAACAAAAGAUAUUCUACAAGAACUGGAGAAAGAGUACAAAGCACCAGAAAAGAAAGAAGUAAAAAAAGAGGUAGCAGACAAGUUCAAUGCGGCCCACUACUCAACGGGCAUGGUGGCAGCCAGUUUCACAUCGACAGCCAUGAUGCCGGAGACAGUCCACGAAGCAGCCAUUAUCUGUGAGGAUGACGUCAAAUAUGAUAUGGUUAAGAAAAAAGGAUAUGUCAGACUGGUGACAAACUUGGGGCCUUUGAAUUUCGAGUUGUACUGCGACUUGACGCCGAAAGCGUGUGACAACUUCAUAAGGCACUGCAAUAAUGGAUACUACAAUGGAACCAAGUUCCAUAGAUCUAUUAGGAAUUUUAUGAUACAAGGAGGCGAUCCAACUGGCACAGGACUGGGUGGUGAAUCAGUGUGGAAGAAACCAUUUGAAGAUGAAGUCAAACCGAACUUGCAUCACACUGGCAGAGGCGUGCUGUCUAUGGCUAACUCUGGACCUAAUACUAACGGAUCACAGUUCUUCAUCACCUUCCGAUCAUGCAAGCAACUGGACGGCAAGCACACGAUAUUCGGCAAGCUGGUCGGCGGUAUGGACACGCUGACCGCUAUGGAACAAAUAGAAGUGGAUAACAAGGACAGACCCAUACAGGACAUUGUUAUUGACGUGGCUCAAGUGUUUGUGGAUCCUUUCGCUGAAGCUGAAGAACAGCUUGUCAAAGACAGAGCAGAAGAACUAAAAAGAAAAGCAGAAACAGAAGAUUCACAGAUCAGGCCGAAAAAGGCGAAACAACCGCUAAAAGUAUUCAGGGAUGGAGUGGGGAAAUAUCUUAAUUUGCAAGAGGUUGCCCCCCCUGCUACCACUAGCAAAACCGCUAAGACACAAGAAGUUCCCGCCAAAAAAGUAAAAAAGGACGGAAAAUUUGGCUUUGGUGGUUUCGACAAUUGGUGAAUGAAGAAAAAAAUAAUUUUAGGCUUAUUUGUAUAAAAUUAAAAACAAUAAAAUAACAUACAAUACUA